AUGGCGCCUGCACGGGAAGACUCGGACCUCGCCUCGGAAGACAGUGAUCACGAUGAUUCCAGCUACUACGCUGAUCGAGGGGAGCCCAGUAAGAGUACACCCCUCCGUGACCGUGAUCCGAAGCCCGUGAGGGCGAGUAAAGAUGCCCAACCAGACCAUGCUCCCGCCAGUAAAGCGGAUAUUCAAAACAUGGUGGCAGAGUUGAAGGCCUACUUCUCAGCUGAUAUAGCGCUGGUGCGGGAAGAUAUGGGAGUCAUGACAGCGCGCUUGCGGGCGCUAGAGGAGGCUGGCACUGCCACGACAAGCAAACAGGAGGCUCUGCAACCUGAGGUGGAAACACUGAAGCAAGCCAACCAUACUAUGGAAGGACGGCUUGCUGUGCUGGAGGAUGCUAGGUGGCAACGUAAUAUGCGGGUUCGUGGCAUCCCCGAGAACAUCGGGGAGGACGAAGUACCUCAUUACCUCCAUAGAAUGUGGAGCUCUAUGCUUCCACCAGCUAAAGCCAAGACCAUAAACUUGGACUACCUGUACUGA